AUGGGUUUGCUUGAAGCAUCACAAAGGUGGCAUGCAAAAUGGUUUUCUGGAAAGGUUCUCAUUGCUGUGCUUCUUCUUGUCACGGUCUCCGCCGAGAACAGCAGCUCACAGUCCAAUGACACUGUAGGGGUUGAUACCAAUGCUAAAAGUAUGAAAUUUGGAUGGAGAAUAAUAGUAGGAAGCAUAGUUGGAUUCCUAGGAUCAGCAUUUGGGAAUAUUGGAGGUAUUGGUGGGGGUGGCAUCUUUGUGCCCAUGCUUACUCUCAUAAUUGGAUUUGAUACAAAAUCUGCAAUAGCAAUAUCAAAAUUCAUGAUUACUGGUGGAGCAACAGCAACAGUUUUCUACAAUUUGAGUCAGAGACACCCUACACUUGAUUUGCCCGUGAUUGAUUAUGACUUAGCACUUCUCUUCCAACCAAUGUUGAUGCUUGGAAUCAGCAUUGGAGUUGACUUCAAUGUCAUUUUUCCUGAGUGGAUGCUAACAGUUUUGCUAAUAAUACUUUUUGUUGGCCUUUCAAUCAAAUCCUUCCUUAAGGGUGUUGAGACAUGGAAGCAAGAAACCAUUAUGAAGAAGGAAGCCAGGAAGAAUUCAAGGAUUGAUGGUGAGUGGUUUAAUACUAUUUCUAUUCUACAUUUCUGUAUAUAUAAGUGUUUAUCAGAAAUGUUAUGCUAUUUUUUAAUCUUUUCAGAUAUUGCAACUGCUAAAGAUGCUGCACAUUAUAUUCAAACAGAAGACCCUGUCAAAGAAGAUACUAAGGAACUAAAGAAAAAAGUUUCGAUGGUUGACAACAUUCGUUGGAAGGACCUUGGACAUCUUUUCGCUGUCUGGAUCAUGAUACUUGCGUUAGAGAUUGGAAAAAAUUACACAAUAACUUGCUCUGGAUCAUAUUGGGCAGUGAAUCUACUCCAGAUCCCAAUAGCUGUAGGAAUGAGUUCAUACCAGGCCAUGAGACUAUACAAAGGGAAGAGAAGCAUAGCGUCAAAGGGAGAUAAACAACCACGUUGGAGAGUGUGGCAGUUAAUUCUAUUCUGUUGUUGUGGAACACUUGCUGGCACACUUGCCGGUUUGUUAGGCCUUGGUGGAGGAUUCAUCUUGGCACCCCUUUUCCUUGGAAUUGGAAUCCCUCCUCAGGUGGCAAGUGCUACGUCCAUUUUGGCAAUGGCAUUUUCUGCAUCUAUGGCUGUGGUGGAAUAUUACCUUCUCAAACGUUUCCCCAUUCAUUAUGGUAUGUAUGCACGAAUGAAUGAACAUGUGCUUAGUACUAGAUAA